AUGGCCCUGAUCUGGCGCCUGUGUUACCAGGUGUCUGCUCCCCGGGGGCCCAGGCUCAUCGGCUGGCUGGCCUCGAUCAGGUGCGGGGCGGUCCUGCCCGCGGGCGCUCGCGGGCGCCCCCUGCGGCGCCCCGCGGAGGCCGUGUUUGCUGCGGAGGCCGUGGCCCUGUCGGGGUGGCUUCGCGAUGCGGCUGCAGGCGGCCGCUCCUGCACAGCCGGGACGCGGCCCCUCUUCCGGUGGCCCGUGCACGUCCGCACCUCGGCCGCGCUGACCGCCCCCCGGCCCCCGGGAAGCCGGGAGAGAGGCGCCAGCUGGCGACGGGGCCCGCACCCCAGGAGCGCCCCGAGGCCCCGACAGGUGAGAGCCCGCGGGCCCCGGCUGCGCUCUCGGGCCGGCCGGCGGGAGGGGGCGCCCGGGCCGUGUGUGCGGAGCCCCUCUCCCCGACGCCUCCAGCUCCAGGUGAUCGCCCGGUCCGCCCCGCCGGCCGCUCUGCGUGCCGCGGCGGGAGCCAACCUCGGGGCGCGGGCACCCCGGGGACGGCGGACAGGGAAGGCCUGCUGCUUGGACACUCUGCAGGCACGGACAGGAGGAGAAAGCCAUGGCCAGUCAGCCGUUACACGCCACAGUGCCAGAGGCUGUGUGGAUCUGCUGCAGUGGAGACGCCACUUCCAGCCUGGCAGCCCUGAUUGCUUCUGCUGCCUGUGGCCAGCCGCGGAGGACCAAGCAGCCACCACCAUCCAGUGAGCCUUCCCGAAGCUCCUGGCGAGAAAGGAGCAGGCACGUGAUCAGGACCGCCAGGACUACCUGGAGCUGAUGGAGAAGCUGCAGAGGGAGGCCUUCGUGGCCCUGUUGCGGCGGGAGCAGGAGGCGGCCCGGCGGCAGUGGGAAGAAGCGGCGCGGCAGGAGGAGCGGCAGCGCGGGGCGCGCCUGCUGGAGGCGGCCUUCGACGGGAACCUGGGCGAGAUCCAGGCGAUCCUGCGGGAGGUGGACGCGCUGCUGAACCGCGAGGGCGUGAGCUGCGACGCGGCGCGGGCGGCGCGGCGGCUGCAGCGGCGCCUGGCCCUGGUGGACUUCGAGGAAGCGGCGGCGGGCGGGCAGUCCCUGGCCAUCCAGCUGCUAGCCGAGCAGGGCGCCAGUCGCAACAGCAAGGGCGCCUUCGGCCGGACGCCACUGUACCGAGCGGCCUUCGGGGGCCACCUGGAAGCCGUGGAGGUGCUUCUGAAGCUCGGAGCUGACCCCCAGGUGUAUGCGGAUGACGGAAGCACCCCCGAGCAGGUGGCCUCGCUGGACGCAGUGGUCAGCAUGCUGCAGUGCUGGGACCCGAGCCUCACAGAUGCCAUGCUCCAGAACAUGGAGGCCCAGCGGCAGCGCCGGGGCCAGGAGACAAAGCAGCACAGGGGGGCAGAGGCCAAGUGCAUGAACCUCAAAGUGCAACAGCUGCCCAAGGAGCAGCAAGUGUCACCAACACGUGUGCAGCCAGCCCCCCGGAAGGAGCCGCAGCAGGCCUACCGCGAGCUCAACCCGAGGAUCGAGGAUCGAGGAUCGACGAGCACAACAAGGGUUAACGGAGGGGCACGGGCAUGGCUGAGCUCACUCAGCAGUCCCUUCCUUAGGGGUCCCGGCUGCGCCCGGCAGGCGGGGGUGGGGGUCCGGCCUUGCCCUGAGCGGAGCGUAGGGCCCCUCCUCCAGGCCGUCAAGGACGCGGAGGCCCGAGUGGACAGGCUCCGGUAGGAGUCCCAAAAGGCGGAGGAGACCCCGGCCCUGGCCAGGCUGGAGUGCGGGGGGCGGGCCCAGGAGGGGGAGGAGGAGGCGCCCCGGCUGAAGUGUCAGGUCACCGAGCUCCACGACGUGCUGUUGAAGGACGUGGGUGAUCGCAUCCGCGCUGACGGCAGGUGGCCUCUUGUCAUCGACCCUUCGGGCCAGGCGGCCACCUUCCUGCGCUGCUAGGACACCAACUAUGUGGACACCGUGAACCCAGACCACCUGAGGCAGGAGAGGAUCAGGCUGGCGCUGCUGGGGGCGCUCGGGUUCGGGAAGCCGCGGGUGUCCGACCUGCGUGAAGUGGACCUGUUCCCGGCGGCGCAGCGGCAGCUGGAGGCGGUGCAGCUGGGCCUGGCGCAGGAGCUGCUGGGCCUCGGGCUGCUGGAGCGGGAGAGGAACCUGUCGCCGACCGACCGGCCCGAGUACAGCCCCAGCCAGUGCCAGGAGGCGCGCCUGGGGCACUUCCGCCUCUUCUCCGGCACCAAGGUUCGGUGGCCGCUGCGCCCCAGGGCGCCAGGUCCGCGAACAUGCACGCGUCCGCAUCAGGGCUCUGGGCGUGCGCCGUGCAGGGGAGGGGGCCGGCCGGGAGCCCCAGCUGGGGGACCCCGGCCGGUGGGCCCAAUCAGUUCCUCCCGCUGUGAGGCAGUGCACAGUCGGGACGACGUGGGAGUUCGUGGUCCCCGCACCGGCCCCACAUUUGGAGGAGCAGAAGGGGUGGGCGUUGGUUGUGCCGGCGGGUGGACAGACAGACAGACUAGAGGUAAAACGUAG